AUGCACAACAAAUAAAUGAGUAUUGCAAAUGUAUCAGCAGUAUCAACAGCAGCAGGAUUUUCCUUUGCUCACCUGAAUGGUAAUAAAUCACCAAAAGAACUGUCAUUACAAUCAUCAUACAAUACUAGAAGAAAUUCUAAAGAGAAUUUUUGUAAAAAGUUAUUUACUGAGAGACCAAAAGCUCGAAAGUUGUCUCACAAGCUGAAAAUGAGUUCAGAUUUUGAAGAUAAUGAUCGUCAUUUUUCUUUAGAUGAGAGCCGAUUAUAAGGCAGCAAAAGUAGGAAACUAAGCGACUGUUUUGAGGGUAUUGCGGACUCUAAAAAGCUACGCAACUAAUCCUUUUAGCAAGGCAAAGAAUAUGCUAAUAAAAAUUCUUCUAUAAAAAAAAAGACAAAAGAAAAUUUGAAUGUCAAGCAAAAUGACCCAUUUUAAAAGAAAACAUAGAAAUUGGAAAAUGAAAAUUCACCUUUUACUAGUCCAAUCAGCUAAAAUUAGAAAUAAUUUUCUGUGUAAGAGGAACUUGAUUCAUAGACAAAUAUAGAUGUAAAAGGUAGUAAUCAAAAAAAAGGAUCAAGAGUAUAAAAUUAGUAAAACGAUGGAUUCGAAUUUAAAACAUUACGUAUAACAGAAACAAUUAAUUAAUACAAAAUGACUGCUGACCAAGAAACUACCCAACCUAAAAAUCAUGGUUCACAUAUUAUCGAAAUUAUGAAUGGAAACGCAAGUGGCCAUCAAAAUCAUAAUAUUAAUGAAUCAGGCAGAGAUUCAGAAGCUAUCAACUAGUCAAACUAUAACUCAAUUAACGAAGAAGGAGAGCCUUUUUAACCGAGUUUACUUUUACGCACAUUUUUUUUCAUUUUGAUGUUGACUAUUUUUAUUUGUCUAGCCAGCUAUAGCUAUGGCUAUAUUUAUGUAUUUACCUUCAUAAAUACUACUAUUUAUGGAGCGUCUUUUGCAUUAUUACUGAUUUUUAUGAUAACUACACAUCCUUUCUUCAAACUUACUAACGAGCAAUAAGUAGACUACUUCACCAUUCCCAAAUUCGUAUAUAUUGGAUUAAUUUUAUGUAUUUCUGGCUUAGUAGGUUAUAUAUUUGGUAGUGAAAAAAUUGAAUUUCACAUUAAUGCUUUUAAUCUACUUCCAAUUGCUGUUAUUCUUUUUUUCUCUUUUUUCAUGUGUUGCAUCUCUAAAAGCCAACCAAUAUUAUACAAACGUCUCAAACUUACAUUUGGAAACGACAACAAUGAAAGGAAACUCACACUUUCACAAUCCAAAGCCUUUCGUAAAGGUAAAGGGAUGACUCAAAUAAAACUGCCUAGCAAUUUAAACAAUUUUAUGCGAGACGAAUAAGGACCAAAAAUAAAAUCUAAUUCAUUUUACUUUUCAAUGAUGCUUGUUAUAUUGCUGCAAAUUGCUUAGAUAUAUUACAUGUACAACCAAAAAGCCAUUUGGAGUAACAAAGUGGAACAAAACUUCUUUUACCUCUAUCUUGAAAUUUUAGUCUUUCUUGUUCUGGGAGAAGUCAAUGCAGGAAUCGUAUAUAAAAUAGAUUCCUAUUUUCAAUUAGAAUAUAAAUAUGAGCUUGAAGUAGUUCGUAGUAUAUUUACUGUUUCUCUUUAUCACAUCUUCUACCUCUUGUUGCCCUCUGUAAAACAAGGAAUUUCUAUCAUUUUAAUUAAAAUAGCUUUCAAAGUUAUUAUGUAUUACAUCUAUCCUAUUAAUUACGAAACCGUUAAAAACUUCUUAAGGAAGUUUUUGAGGUGCUGCAAUAAUAAAGAAAAAUAAGCUGAAUUUAAAGAAAUGUAAAGAAGACUCUUCACAAAAAAACUAGGAAUUUUACAAUUUACUGACUUUUUAAGCUUAAUUAUUUUCUAUGCUGUUACAGCAAUCUUUAAAAUUAAUAUGAAUCUAGUUAACGACUACACUAACCUUACAUCCACAGAAUUCAAAGCUAUUUCAAUUCUUUGCAUGAUCGAAUUUGUAACCGAAAUCUUACUAUCCUACCUAAUAAUCUACUUUCUUUCUAAAAACAAUCGCUUCGAAGGCCUCACUAUCAAAAAAAUUUUAACAGAAAUUACCCAAUUCCUAAAUGAAGGUAGCUUAAUGACUUUCAUAGCCUUCUUUGCUGUUUUCUCAUCUAUAAAUAUAUGUGUAACUAACAAUUAUUUGAGACUCUCUGAUUUUAAGCAAACAUUUAUUGAUAAGCUUUGA